AACACAUAUACAGCAAGAAAUAUUUGCAAACAGCUUGCAAAAUUUGUUUCCAAAAAUUUUUUCCUUGUGUUUACAGGCCUUAACGGGCACAAACAACACUACUGGGGCUUGAGUGUUUCAUGAUAACGGCCUUAUUUUACACACACACAAACUCUCUCUCUCUCUCUCUCUCUCUCUCUCUCUCUCUCUCUCUCUCUCUCAUGUUUUUGCAAACUUUUAAAUCCUUCAGCUACUUUCUUAAGUCGAUUCAUAUAAAAUUAAUGUCUAUUUUCACGACAAUGAUUACUUUAAAACAGCACAUUUCCUCAUACGUUUUCAUAUCCAUCGCAGCGCGCUAUGCGUUCGUGGAUUUUUUUUUAUAACAACAUACGUAUUUCGGGAAUUGGUAUUCGUGCUGUUAAGUUUUCCCGGCCAAUAGAAAUUCGAGCAGUCAUCUUGAGAGCGCUUCCCUUUGGCCACUCCCAGUGACACCGAGAAUCGAAUACGUUUUCCCGAGCCUAGAUAUACGUAUGCAAGAGAACAGGAGCGCCUGAGAGCCAGUGUUGCCAACCGUGGGGUAAUUACCCCAUGCAUAGGGUAAUUCAGCCUCAAAUCUGGGUCUGCAGGGUAACGGGGUAAUGUCACGAAAUCUGAGCAAAAUGUAGUAGCGUAAUUUUAAGAUGCUUGUUUUGUAUUUUAUUGAAAAGUAACCAAUGAGCAACAAGUUUAUUAAUAUUUAUAUCUCAAGGCCGGGGGUAGGGUACAAUGACAGCAAAAGUAGGGUAAUUUCAGUGCCUAGGUAGGUUAAGGAGCUCUUAGAUGGUUGGCAACACUGCACUGCAGUGAGAGCGGCUCAGCGGGAACGCUUCAGUCAGCUAGAAGGCUUUCUGGAGGUAUGACCAACGCUUUUCUGUGUUAUAUACAAGCUUUGCCAAGGUUAUUCUUUGUUGUUGUUCUCAUUCUCGGAAAGCAAAAGCAGCGCACGUCGGAAGAUAACUUAAGAUCCCCGUUGGAUUUGUCUGACUAUACGAUAUCAGCACCUUUCGACGGAUCUCUGAAAUUGAUACUGAGCGAGAUGGCAGCACAUUACAACACAACCAGUGCUGCUGAGUUGGCAAGUCUACUAGACUCACCCAUGCCUGAUCCCGGCUCAGCAGUAUCUGCAGCCCCUUCAGGCAGCGCCAGUAUCUCUGUGAUUGCAGAGGAGAAUUCGGACGACAGCCAUGAGGUCGUGAUUAAUGUAGUGGCUACUGAAGUGGUGCCUCGAAAGAGGAAGAGAGGGCGGAGACCCAAGGCAGACGCUGGUUCGCCCACUGCUCCAGCAAAGAAGAUGAAACUCUACGAGUACACCCAGCCGUUCGACGAUGAGGCCAAGGAAAAGAGACGCCUGAAUGCCAUUAAAGCUAGGGAGCACAGGCAACUUGAAAAACGGAUGAAGGAAGCUCUACGGAAAGAAAUGCAGGAAGUUCAGAGCGAAGUUGCUGGUCUUAGGUCAACAAUUGAAACGCUCCACAUGAGCUUGGCUGAGCUGGAGGAAACAAAAAAGAAAUGGCGAUUUGGUAUAAUCGAAACAAGCAAUGCACUAAAGGGUCCAAACUCAGAAUAGGUCUAGCUAACAAAUAUAAUAAGUUAAAAGAAAAAAAUAAGCAAAAAGGCAUAAAAUAUGGUUAGGUACCGGUGGACCUAACAAACUAUUACAGAUAAAUAGAUCUAGACUUAAUAAUGUAGAAAUUUACGUAAUCAAUUUCAGAUUUCUUAUUUGAUUCUAUUAAUUUACUUAUUUUAUUUUUCUUUUCUUUGACAAGCCUGAAACAACGGCGCCUUCUACCCAAAGAAGUCCAUCUUUGUCAUAGCAUCUUUUAUACUAGUACUUAAAUUACGGGUCUGAAGGAUGUCCUUCAGACCCUUUGACACUCAACUUCUCAAAGCACAAAUCCUUCAUGAAAUUCUUCUUCUAACUUCACUCAAACAAUUGCCUCAUUUCUUACAUUUCCCUUAAAAUCUUUAGUGUAUAUUUUAUCUUUCAAAUAUUUGACCGAU